GGCGACGGGCGUUGUGAGCCAGGGCGCUGAUUGUGGGACGCGCUUUUUCGGUGGUGCUCGGGCGCUGGCUGAUUGUUGGGCGGCCGGCGCCAUGUCUGUGAGCGAGAUCUUCGUGGAGCUGCAGGGCUUUUUGGCUGCGGAGCAGGACAUCCGAGAGGAAAUAAGAAAAGUUGUACAGAGUUUAGAACAAACUGCCCGAGAGAUUUUGACCCUACUUCAAGGAGUCCACCAAGGCACUGGGUUUCAGGACAUUCCAAAGAGGUGCUUGAAAGCUCGAGAACAUUUCAGUACGGUAAAAACACAUCUAACAUCCCUGAAGACCAAGUUUCCUGCUGAACAGUAUUACAGGUUUCAUGAGCACUGGCGGUUUGUGCUCCAGCGCCUGGUCUUCCUGGCAGCGUUCGUAGUGUAUUUGGAAACAGAGACCCUGGUGACUCGAGAGGCCGUUACAGAGAUUCUUGGCAUUGAACCAGAUCGGGAAAAAGGAUUUCAUCUGGAUGUGGAAGAUUAUCUCUCAGGAGUUUUAAUUCUUGCCAGUGAGCUGUCGAGGCUGUCUGUCAACAGUGUGACUGCUGGCGACUACUCGCGGCCCCUUCACAUCUCUACUUUCAUCAAUGAGCUGGAUUCAGGUUUCCGCCUUCUCAAUCUGAAGAACGACUCCCUGAGGAAGCGCUAUGACGGCUUGAAGUAUGACGUGAAGAAGGUGGAGGAAGUGGUCUAUGAUCUCUCCAUCCGUGGCUUCAACAAGGAGACAGCAGCAGCCUGCGGUGAAAAAUAGGAGCGUCUCCUUGCAGCUGGCCUUGCUGUGUUGGCAGUUGCCAGGGAGGGGCUAGCACAGUGCCUCCUCCUGUAGCUAGCACACCAGUUGCUAAACACUGCGCUUUAUUUUCGUAACCAGCUAUAUGGUGUGAGUAUCAGAAUUGAAAUACUUUUGGAUCUAAAAAAAAAAACCUUUCUGUGGAUGGAAUUUUCUUUGUUGAAGUGUCAGUGAACUUGCUGUGUAAUUCAUUGUAUUAUUGUUUUGUCAACAGUGUAAGUGUUGGUCUGUUGGUAAAAGAUUGUACUGAUUGACAGGUGUGUUGUCUUGUUUGUGAUUCUCCCAGAAGUAACCUGUGAUGUUUUCUAUGUCCAACUUAAUCCUCCAUUCGCACUUGAGUAGCUGACAAGCUAGGGAACUUUAUUUCCCCUUCUUAUUUUAAGCCUUAUAAAUUAGUUGAAUAUUUUGUGAAGGAAAUUAGAGGCCCUGAUUCUCUCACUGCCAUCAGAAUAUAGCAGAUGAAACUGUGUAGUCCAACUCUGGAAACUCAGGCUAGAAAGAUCCUGCUG